AGUACAUGGCCAUGGCUCAUGGGUUGUUGAAGCCCUUAAUAUCGUCUACAAGUGCAAGAUUCUCUCACUUCUCCAAUUCUUCGCUUUCUAUAGGUUCGGUGGUCAAGCUCUUCACAAAAAAGAUAACAAACCAAGAAAUGAGUUCUUCCUCUUCUCAAAUGCUUUAAGACUCAAGUAUCCAAGCAAAGAUAAGAAUCAAUCCAAGUGCCAACACCCCCACCUAAUGAUGCCGUACUCCCUUUCUUCAAAUACCCAGUUACCCCUCCAAUCACAAGAACCAAACCGUAUGGUAUUGUGA